GUUUUGAAGAUUUUUUUUUUUCAAAAAAAAAUUAGAGCUUUGGUGCAUCAAAGGUAAGAGCUUUUCUAGACAAUUCCUUUUUCUUUGUUCCUUCUAAAGUGGGGGUUUUUGGGGGUCAAAUUUUCAUUACAUGUAUUAAGAGUAGGGAGAAAGGGGGGAGAAAAAAGAAAAGAAAUUAGAAUGUUUUUGAUGAUUCGGGGUUAGAGUUAGAAUCCAUGAGCCAUGUUGGAUCAGCGUAGCAUAGGAGUAGUAGCUUUGCUAUAUCUCUUGUUGUUGCUGUUAUUUGAGUUUACAUUUGAGCAACAAGUGCAGCAGCAGCAGCGGCUGAGUUCAGGCAUUGAGUUUACUGCUUUGUUUGAACUCAGGUCCUCUUUGGGGCUUAGAAGCAGAGACUGGCCUAGAAAAGUUGACCCUUGUGCCAGUUGGAACGGUAUAACAUGCGAGAAUGGCAGUGUUACUUCCAUUAACAUUUCCGGGUUUAGAAGAACAAGGAUUGGCAGACAAAACCCGCAGUUUGCCGUAGAUUCGCUUGCGAAUUUUACGCAUUUGGUUUCGUUUAAUGCUUCUAGAUUCUUGCUUCCUGGUUCCAUCCCUGAUUGGUUCGGCCAAAGGCUGUUGACAUUGCAAGUGUUGGAUCUCAGGUCUUGCAAUGUCUCAGGUGUUGUACCUUUGAGUAUUGGUAAUUUGACUAAUUUAACUGGUCACUUGUCUGAUAAUAGGCUGACCGGGCAGAUUCCUUCAACUUUGGGUUGGUUGUUACGCCUUUUACUUCUUGAUCUUUCCAAGAACUUGCUCACUGGAUCUAUUCCAUCAUCACUUUUUUCACUAAGGAAUCUUACAAGACUUGACAUUUCCUCGAAUAACUUAACGGGGUCAAUUCCUCCUGGUGUUGGAUCGCUUUCAAAGCUACAAAGUUUGAAUCUUUCGAGCAAUCGUUUAACGUCUUCAAUACCUUCACAACUUGGGGACCUUGAUAGCUUGGUUGACCUUGAUCUCAGCAGCAAUGGUUUGUCAGGGUCAGUGCCACCAGAUCUUAGAGGGCUAAGGAAUUUGCGGAGAAUGGUCUUCGGGAACAAUGGUCAGGGGUCUCUGCCGGUCGGGUUGUUCCCUGCCUCAAGUCAGUUGCAGGUUAUAGUUCUGAGAAACAAUAGUUUCAAUGGUACUGUUCCUGAAGUAUUAUGGUCAAUACGUGAGCUGAACCUGUUCGAUAUCUCCCAAAAUAAUUUCACAGGGCAGCUGCCUAAUUCUACUUUGAAUGAUAAUGCCACUGCUGCUGUACUUAACAUCUCACAGAACAAGUUUUAUGGAGGUCUCACAACUGUCCUUCGAAGGUUUAGGUCUAUUGACUUGUCUGGAAACUAUUUUGAAGGCACGGUUCCGGACUAUGUGCAGAACAAUGCGUUUCUUACUACUAACUGUCUCCAGAAUGUGUCAAGCCAGAGGACUUUAAUGCAGUGUGUAUCAUUCUAUGCCGAGAGGGGCCUGAGUUUUGAUAAUUUCGGACGCCCAAAUUCCACAGAACCUCCUGCAUCCGAAAGAGGAAGCAGCAACAGAAAGACAAUUAUAUUGGCUGCAGUCUUGGGAGGAGCUGGGCUUGUUGCGCUACUAAUCUUGCUGCUAUUGCUGGUCCUAUGUGUCCUUAAAAGGAGGAGCACAAGGAAUCAUAGAGGAGUUGACGUGGGAGCAGUUCCUGCUAAAGAUACACCUCCUUCACCGGGAGUUGAAAUUAAUUUUUCGAGUCUAGGUGAUCUAUUUGCCUACCAGCAGCUUCUUGAAGCCACUGGUGAUUUUACUGAUGCAAACCUCAUCAAGCACGGUCAUUCUGGUGAUCUUUUCAGGGGUAUCUUAGAAGGCGGGCUUCCUGUUGUCAUCAAAAGGAUUGAUUUGCAGUCGAUUAAAAAGGAAGCGUACCUUUCGGAAUUGGAGUUCUUUAGUAAAGUUUCACAUCCACGAAUCGUUCCUCUAUUGGGACACUGUUUAGAGAGAGAGAAUGAGAAAUUCUUGGUUUAUAAAUACAUGCCGAAUGGGGACUUGUCAAGUUCGUUGUACAGGAAAAAUAAUCCGGAGGAUGAUAGUUUACAGUCAUUAGAUUGGAUAACAAGAUUGAAAAUUGCUAUAGGAGCCGCAGAAGGCCUAUCUUAUCUGCAUCAUGAAUGUACACCACCCCUUGUCCACAGAGAUGUUCAAGCUAGCAGUAUACUUCUUGAUGAUAAAUUUGAAGUUAGAAUGGGGAGCCUGACAGAGGUCUGCGCACAUGAAGGUGAUGGUCAUCAAAAGAGGAUCACAAAAUUACUGCGGUUGCCACAGUCAUCUGAGCAAAGUUCUUUAGGUUCAUCUACAGCAAUAUGUGCCUACGAUGUGUACUGCUUUGGGAAAGUUUUACUUGGGUUGGUAACCGGUAAGAUGGACAUCGGUGCAUCGAGUGAUACCCAGAUGAAGGAAUGGUUAGAACAAACACUACUAUGCAUCAGUGUAUAUGAAAAGGAACUUGUGACGAAAAUUCUGGACCCAUCUCUUCUUGUGGACGACGAUCUGUUGGAGGAAGUCUGGGCCAUGGCCAUUGUUGCGAGGUCUUGUCUUAAUUCGAAACCUUCAAGACGGCCGCCGAUGAGAUAUAUUCUAAAAGCUUUGGAAAACCCUUUGAGGGUGGUUAGGGAAGACACUUCAAGUUCAGCAAGGCUUAGAACAACCUCCUCGAGAGGAUCUUGGAAUGCUUCUUUUUUCGGUAGCUGGCGUCAAAGCUCCUUGGACGUAGCCAAUAAUCCUGCAGCCUCCACUACUAAAGCUGAAGGGGGAAGUAGUUUCAAGCACUCGGUAACAACGGGUUCACAGGGCAGCGCUCAGAAUGGUGGAGGUGACCAUUCUUCUUCACGUAGACGGCAUUCAAGGGAGAUAUGCCCGGAGCCACCUGAGCCACAACAAGAUAUAGAACGGCAGGAUCACUACUAGCAGAGAGGUUAAAUUGUUAUUCUUUCUUAAUAAGACGACAGGCUUCCCAUUCGAGUGCCUGCUUUGGUUGAGCACCCGAUGAAGCCCUUCAUAGGUAAAUAGGAUUUCCAAGGUGAUAUUUUUGCAUCGCAUCGGAAGGGCUCCUAGGAUGCACAAAUCUUCGUAAGAUAUUUAUUAAAACAACAGAGUUUCGUGUAGUCGAUCCCGUGGACAGCGUGAUGGGGGAACCAUUGACAAGCAGUGGUUCGAAUUUGUUUGACAGCUUGUUUCAGGGUAAGAGCAAGCUACAGUUUUUAUGCGAUUUGAGUUUGUGUUUGUGGUCCUUUUGUGAAAUGUAAAUUGUAAUUCUCUAGGAUUGCUUCAUUCAAGAUCAGAUUUUCAGCUGUUCUGGGGAAAAAAUGACAUGAAAAUCA